AUUUUCUGUUCUGCUAAAGCAAGGAAUCUGGUCAGAAGAAAUGCUUAAUACAUUGAAAAUGACUUCCAUGUUCCCAUUAACUUCAUGUAAUCCUCAAGUUGUAAGAGGAAUUGAUCAGAAAUGUGGAGGUUUCAAGCUAUCAGUUAAAAAAACUGGAAAACAUCCUGUUGUUAGAGCAAGCAGUGAACAGAGGACUGCUAUAGAGCGAAAAGGCUUGAGUAUUGAGGAAUGUGAAGCCAAUGCUGUGGCUGGAAAUUUCCCUGAUCCUCCUCCUCUUACUAAGCCUGCAGGCCCUAAAGGAACUCCAGUUGUGAAGCCACUUGUGAUUACUAGACGUCCCCGUCGAAAUAGAAAGUCUUCUACUUUGAGGUCUGCUUUCCAGGAAACUACCAUAUCAGCUGCAAAUUUUGUGCUUCCUUUAUUUAUUCAUGAAGGUGAGGAGGAUUUUCCAAUCGGAGCUAUGCCAGGUUGCUUCAGAUUGGGAUGGAGACAUGGUCUUCUUGAUGAGGUCUACAAGGCCAUAGAUGUUGGUGUCAAGAGCUUUGUACUUUUUCCAAAGAUACCUGAUGCAUUGAAGUCCCCAACAGGAGAUGAAGCGUUCAAUGACAAUGGCCUCAUCCCUCGAGCAAUACGCCUACUAAAGGACAAAUAUCCUGACAUUGUGAUUUAUACUGAUGUAGCUUUGGAUCCAUAUUCUUCUGAUGGACAUGAUGGUAUUGUUAGGGAAGAUGGUGUCAUCAUGAAUGAUGAAACUGUUCAUCAGUUGUGCAAACAAGCAGUUUCUCAGGCCCGAGCCGGUGCAGACAUUGUUAGCCCGAGUGAUAUGAUGGAUGGGCGCAUCGGCGCAAUUCGGGUAGCUCUCGAUUCGGAAGGCUUUCAGGAUGUCUCCAUCAUGUCUUACACUGCAAAAUAUGCAAGUUCUUUUUAUGGUCCAUUUCGUGAAGCUUUAGAUUCAAAUCCAAGAUUUGGUGACAAGAAAACUUAUCAGAUGGAUCCGGCAAACUAUCGAGAAGCCAUUAUUGAAAUGGAAGCUGAUGAUUCUGAAGGAGCUGAUAUUCUCUUGGUAAAACCUGGGCUACCAUAUUUGGAUAUAAUUCGUCUUCUUCGAGAUAAUGCUUCUUUGCCAAUUGCAGCCUACCAGGUUUCUGGUGAAUAUUCAAUGAUCAAAGCUGGUGGUGUUCUUAAAAUGGUCGAUGAAGAAAAGGUGAUGAUGGAAUCUCUGCUGUGCCUUAGAAGGGCUGGCGCAGAUAUUAUCUUGACAUACUUUGCUCGUCAGGCAGCUACUGUUCUCGCUGGGGGUAAACAACCCGGCUUUUAGCAUCUUCAAGCUUGAGUUUUGUUUUCUAAAUUUUAUUUAAUUUAUUUUUAUGUUUUGUUCUCUUUGUAUCUCUCUGUGAAUUUUUUUUUCUUUUUUUUCAAUAUUUAAAUAUGAAUUUAAUAUAUUUAAGUUUGUUACAUUCCUUUGUGAAAUAGUCUACAAUAUUCAAAAUCAUGCA